GUGGAACCAGCUCCCGCUCUGCUGAUCAUGGUCAACAAGACCUUAAAUUACUGGGGUCCCAGUUUUGAGGAGGACGUUAUCAACAUCAACGUGGGGGGUCUGAGGAGGCGGCUCAGCUCCAGCGCCCUCUCCAAGUUCCCCGACACCCGCCUGGGACGCCUGCUCUCCUGCGACUCGGAGGAGUCCAUCCUGCAGCUCUGCGACGACUAUGACGAGAUUGAGUACUGGGGCAUCAACGAGUUCUUCCUGGACUCCUGCUGCAGCUACCGCUACCACGAACGCAAGCUGGAGAGUCGGCACCACAACUGGGACGAGGAGAGCGAGGUCAGCAGCGUGGACACGUCCCCCGAUGAGAUCUCUGACAUCAACCACGACCUGCUGCGCUACAGCACGCUGCGCUGCGGCAACGUGCGCAAACGCCUCUGGCUCACCAUGGAGAACCCCGGCUACUCCAUCCCCAGCAAACUCUUCAGCUUCGUGUCCAUCAGCGUCGUGCUGGUUUCCAUAGCCACCAUGUGCAUCCACAGCAUGCCCGAGUACCAGGAGGUGGAUGAGAACGGCAACAUGCUCGACGAACCCGUCCUGCACAAGCUGGAGUAUUUCUGCAUCUCCUGGUUCACCUUUGAAGUGUCUUCUCGCCUCCUGCUCUCCCCCAACCCCAGGAAGUUCUUCAAGCACCCACUGAACCUGAUUGACAUUGUCUCGGUGUUGCCCUUCUACUUCACUCUCUUGGUGGACGUGACCAUGGGCAGUGACUCGGAGCUGGGCAACCUGGGCAAGGUCGUGCAGGUGUUCCGGCUCAUGAGGAUAUUCCGGGUGCUGAAGCUGGCUCGGCACUCCACCGGACUGAGGUCGCUGGGGGCCACCUUGAAG